AUGAGCAAAGCUCACCCUCUUGAGUUGAAAAAAUUUAUGGACAAGAAGUUAUCAUUGAAAUUAAAUGGUGGCAGACAUGUCCAACGAACAGUGAGGGGAUUUGAUCCCUUUAUGAAUCUUGUGUUAGAUGAAUGUGUGGAGAUGGCGACUAGCGGACAACAGAACAAUAUUGGAAUGGUGGUAAUACGAGGAAAUAGUAUCAUCAUGUUAGAAGCCUUGGAACGAGUAUAAAUAAUGACUGUUCAGCGGAGAAACCCAUAUCCUCUCUCUAUAGGGCCUGUUUCACUAUGAUGUAAAAAUUAGGUCAUGUACAUUUUCCUAUUAGACUUUUUGUUAAAUAAACUUUUGUAACAGUCAAAAAUGUUUUCUCAGAUGUUCUGAAUAUAGAAUAUUUGCUCUCAUUCCAUUUUUUCUGACAUGAAUUUUCCUGGUUGACACUGAUUUAAAAGGGUUUUAUGCAUUAAAGUGGACGAAUCUUGUUAA